UCUGUGCUUUUGUUGUACUCCCGUUGGAAAGCCCUCAUCAAGCUGCUCCACUCCAUCGUCCCCGCGUGCUCAGCUACCUCCUCCACUGCCCUCGUUCCAUCCCCCCUGCAGACGAAGAUCGAAGCCGCAGUGAAGCACGCCAAGCUAGGCGACGUAGCUUGGACCUUGGAGCCAUGAGCGACAACGACGACAACAAGCUGCCUGUGACGACUGCUGUGACCGUGGCCGCUCCUCCGUCGUCGUCGCGGGCUAUCGGCGGCGCUGUCCGACUGGUGAGCGCAUGGGCGAUGCUCGCUGCCUGGUGCAUCAUCUUGGUCCGCGCGGUCGACUGGAUACUCUACUCCUGCUUCCACGUCCCCUGUGACCCGUCCUCCAUUGUUCUGCGGUGCGUCUACCUGACGGACGCGGAGAACGCCGAGAAAGCCGCACUCUGGACCUCGAUCCUCGGCUGCGCGGUGCUCCAGGCGGCCGCGGCGGUGCUGGUGCUGCUGGUCCCGUCCCGCCGCCGUAGGAUCCGCUACGGCAUAGCGAUCGUCGCGCUGGCGGCCGCAAUCGUCGGUCACUGCCUGUACGCCACCGCCGUCCGCCUCGUCCUCAAAGCCGACCCAGGAUAUCUCUUCUACAGGAUCUUCUGCACGGUCACCAUCUGCAUCUUCGCAGUCGGCGACCUUUUCAGUUUCAUAAAGCUACUCCUGGGACGAGCUGAACAGAAGGAGGAGGACGAGGAGGAGUAGCUCCAUGUGUCCAGUGUCCAUGCAUCAGCUCAUUACGAGGACAAAUGCAUGAGUAAUUUAAUAAUUCUAAUUAAGGACAAAUGCUGUGCUUAUGUGUGUGGAUCUAUCAGUGUAUUGUUAAUUAAUCGGAUACAUCACCUAGCUGGGGGAUCAUGGUCUGAUUGAAAUACAUAAGUAUAUUGACGAAUAGUAAGAAGCCCGUACUCCUAUAUAUGUAUGUAUGGAGCUAGUCUUUUAAUUA